CCAGAGGGAUAGCAAUCCGAACUGGUAGGUGUAGUUGGCAAUACAAAAAGUUAAUAACCGCGUGCGCUCCACCGUAUCAGCUGUGUUGUUAGUGGUAAGGAGGAAAGUCCGCAGUUUAGUUAGUUUACGUAAGGGUGUGCAUGAGCCGAUCCGUGUGUCCGGUUGCAUUGCCCCUUUUCCGCCGCGUUCAGGCACAUUCUGCAGGGUGUAGCACAGCACCAGCAGCAGCAGAAUGAAUGCCCGCUCGCAAACGUUUGAUCUGCGUAUGGAGGGUCGCCAGGUGGACGAGGCAGUAUCGAGCAUCUUCCAUACGAUACUCUUUCACCGCAGCCUCGGCAAGUUCAUGUACACCGGCGAGGCUAUGUACUCGAUCGGUACGAUCGGCUACCAUGACGUGGAUUGCGAUUUUAUCGACUUCACGUACGUGUGCUGUACGUCACCGUCGCUCGAUCAGCGGUUGCGGCGCGAGAUAGGCAAUUUUAGCCGGCAGCUGCGCAGCAACGACAGCGGCGGAACCGGUCAGAUCUCGCUCGAGUUCUUUCAGCGCAAGAAAACUCGCUGGCCAUUCCAGACCGACUGCAUCCCGUGGGAGGUGUGGACGAUACGGCUCGAGUUGCUAACGCUGACGAACGAGGAUGAUCGGUUGGUAUGCCGGGAGCGCGUCGGUGACAUGCUGACCGAUAAGAUUUUCUGCAUCACCGAGAUCAUGAACCGGCACGAUUAUGUGCCGAAAAUCCCGAACCAGACCGAGCUUGACAUGGUGUUCGACACUUCCUUCCCGGACGUGCAGCCGUACCUGUUCCAGUUCAAGUACAGCACUGCCGGUCCUACAGGCACCUCCGUCGGCAAUACGAUGAAGAAGCUGUUCCGGGAGACGUUCUCGUCGUGACUAACGCGGCCUCGCGCCUCAGCGCUCGCGUGUGUGCCAUCGCUGUAUGGUGGCUGGUGGCUGGCCAUCGGUCGGGUUGCUGUCACCGUUUGAAUCGAACCGUCAUGCAUGAACACACACACAUCCAUACACCGACACAUACAUUGUGUACGGUUGUUGGUGUACCGAGAGGAUUGUUCCGAAACGGAAUGCCCGUGCCCGCGUGUGUGUGUGUUUGUGUGUAUGUGGGAGGGUUGAGAGAAGCGGGACGGGAAAUGUGGUAGGGCGAUGGAGAAGAGGAUAGUUUAGGCAGGCAGGCUUGCAGGUUUGUAACAGCACGGGGGGCUUUCGGAUUUUGCUUUACGAUGCUUGACGAUCUCGCCCCGGGGCCGGUAUAGCCGUGGCUCAGGGAACUGCAAACCUACUCAACACACAUAUUACCUCCCGCGCAAGUAUGUUAUCGGGGUUGGCAAAGGCAAUAAUCAUUAGCAAAGACACAUAGACACGCUCGCAUACACACAGCAUCAACCAAGCAAUCGCUCCCAAGAAACCAUACGAAGCUCCCGCGAGAUACCCGUGAGAUAGGAACCCCAGAGCGCAUUGCCGAUUUAGCUUUUCGGCAUAAGGAUGCACGUCUGUACAUAUAGAAUGGCCGAUGUAAAUAGGUAGGACGGUGUGUGGCCCUCUAACGUUAUGCUUGUGUGAACUUGCUACUGUUUAUGUGUGUGCGUGUGUUUGUGUAUAUGCUUUGAAAAUAUGGAUUUGUCAGUAGGCAGAAAUCAGGCUGAAUAAGGAGCACUUGAACAGAGGCUUCGAGCGCCCUGCAGGGCUAUGUAGUCAGAGUUGAUAGCUCUAGUGGUAAGGGGUGUCGUGUUCGCCACCACCUGCAAGAAAAAGACAAGACGAGGUUAAGCUGGGCCCUCUCUCCCCUCCCGCCUACAGGAGGUGCGCUGCUAUCGGAAUCGGCGUCAACGCACCAUCGCUUUAUUGAAUCGUUUAGUAAGCAAGAGCAACGGGCCACCCUAAAAACCCCAAAGUGCAGCACUACAGUGCAGCUAGCAGAGCUAUGCUAGUAGCGCAACGUAUCAAAAAAGGCAGCAGAUUUAGAUUAUGGUUGUGCUGCUGCCUGUCGUAUUGCACACGUGGAGUUGGCGACCGAAGUGUUACUUGUUGCGUUUUAACAUGUUCUAUUUUCUGUAGGUAUUUUUUCGUGCUUUUUUUUUGGCGAGUGGUGGUUCCAAUUAAGACAGUUUUACCAUCUACUCCGCCCCACCCACCGGCCAAACCGAGUGGCGUUAAUUAGGAUUAGGGAACGAGUGAGUGAGAGAUCGUGUGAGUGAGCGAGAGAAAGAGACAGGGGAGGGAGAGCGAAAUAGGAAGCGGAAUAGUUUGGGUAAGAUAUUAGUAACAAAAACUGUUGCUUUCAUUAGCCGUGGCCACACGGGGCGAAAUCUCUAGCGCAAACGAAAAAAUUAAUGCCAAAACUUUUGCGCUUCGAUAUGUUUACAUGGCCGGGUUGAGGAAAUUAAAAUCGUUUUUUUGAAGAAAAGGAUUGAAUACACUAGCAAUGAUCACUCACUGUCGAUGUAAACCACAAAAAGAACAUAUUGUGAGCCCUACCGUUUGCAAAAAGCUUUUACACUAGGUUUUACGCUCCACGGACCAAUAAUCGUUUGACAGCAUGUAAACGGCAAGCGUAAACGUUUUGGCAUUAAUUUUUUCGUUUGCGCUAGAGUUUUCGCCCCGUGUGGCCACGGCUAUUUGUCUGUAUCCUUUUUGUUUUGUUUUUACUCUUCAGACACACACACACACACAAACUACAAAAACGUACCAAAUAUGUGUCAGUGUUGCGUAGCGGAUAGGUUUAAGAUAGGUUGCUUGCGUAUGGAGGGGUUUGAUUUAUGAUUGACGGUCGACAACACCGUAAACCCGUCGGCACAUGCACACACACACACACACAUGCACGUACUCAUACACGCAAACAGGUGAAUGUGAUUGAAUGUACUAAUGAUAUGUUCUCAAAGACAACCACUCAAUUCAAAGCAGGCCAAACGGAAUUUGUGCGUCGUCGACCGUUGGCCCCAACAAAGGGUGCGUGAAGAGUUGUGGUAGACGACGAAAGGGCGCAAGGAUAAGCGAUAGUACGCGCGCGCGCGCGCACGUAUGUGUGUGUGUCUGUGGACGUUUUGGGCGGAGGGUCGUAGGAAAAACUCGACCCGGCACCGCGCCCCCAUGUAUAAUUAUAAGAAAAAUGCCGCGAAGCAGGCAAGCAAGAUGAAGAAGGGGGCCAGAUAGGAGAGAUAGGAGAAAACAAAAAAGAAAAAGUAAAAAAAAACAGCAAACAAAAGAGCAAACCACCAACGCCAGCAGCACCUGACAUCGGAUGCUGAGGGGCAGGGCUGGGCGGAAAGGGGAGCAGCGAGUACAUAAAAAAAAAAAAAAACCGGAGAAUGAUGCGACGCGACCAAAAGGGUGGGCUGAUCGAAUAAGGGGCAUCCGUUGAUGUGUAGAGAUUAUGGACAUACCUGCCUGUGGGUGGUGGGUGGGUGGCCCCCCGCUGUGCGCGUAGAACAAAUGGCAAAAUACAGACAAACAAGUCAUGAAAACAA